AUACCUGUGUUUAUGCUGCUUCCUUCUCGGCCAUUUCAGCUUGCAAAAAUGCUCGGUUCUUCUUACAUGGAGCCUUCCUCCUCUCCGACUCCUUCCUUUAAUCCCUUGCCGAGCGUAUCUUUCGCGUACCCUCACGAUCAAGAACAAGGCAGCAACUUCAACCUCGUUGUCAUUGUGGCUGCAAUUGUUUGCGCCGUUGUUUGCACACUUGGUUUAAAUACCAUGCUCACAUGCAUACUUCAAUGCGCCAAUCACACCCUCAGACAGACAGUCCAAUGGGUGGCUUUAAGAGGACUGAACUUGGGCAUGAAGAAGCAAGACAUGAUUGCUCUCCCAACUUCAACUUACACGAAUUCUGACUCACCGACUUCGGCCUGUGCUAUCUGCCUCGUCGACUUCUCAAACGGAGAUAAACUACGGAUGUUGCCAAACUGUGCUCACAGGUACCAUGUCGCUUGCAUAGACCAGUGGCUGCUGUCUCACUCUUCUUGCCCCACCUGCAGGCAUCAGCUGAAGCCCCCCAAGGAUUCUGCUACUUCUAUACAUCACAUAGUGUAAUGUCAACUAAAGCUGCACAGAUCAAGAAGCAGUACACUUAAAAACGAAUCAGGUAUGCAAUAAAAAUGAUCCCCCAAGAGUUGAGUUGAGAUUGAUGAGGAAAUUAGUUGAAGUCAGGUGGCUUGUUUGGGAUAAAACUAGAUUUUGGUGUUUUUGUUUUCUUUCGUUGUGUUGUUUUGAUGAGGGAAGAGUAGAGACGUAUCUAUUGAUGAAGCUGCAAAAGUUCAUAAAAGCUACUUU